AUGGCAUCUGAAUACGUCCUUCAUCUCUUGAAUACUCUCUUUGCUUUUAUCUUCGUUAUAAUAUGCGUUGUAGUCUAUCGUCUCUUCUUCAGCCCGCUCUCCAAAUUUCCGGGACCGAAGCUGGCGGCUGCAACGCAACUAUAUGAAGCGUAUUUCGAUCUCGUUAAAGGAGGCCAAUUCAUGUGGGAAAUAGAACGCCUGCACCGCGAAUAUGGCCCUAUUGUCCGAAUAAAUCCAUUUGAGGUGCACAUAAGAGACCCAGACUACUACGACGCUCUCUACGCUGUGCCAACAAAGAAGAGAGAUAAGGAUCCCUGGUUUACCUUCAUUGGGUUACCCAAGACUAUGUCAAUGCAGCUGAAUCGGUGCGUUGUCUAUACGCUCCUAGGCAAUGCAGAACUAAUACGGCAGCAGCAAAUCGGCGCCACUGUCCGGAAAAUACAUGGCAAGUCCCAUGAAAGGGAUGCUGAACAUGAAUUAACUGGCUGCAUCCAACAUACAAUUGCACUAAGAAACAAGAUAUCCUUCGAAGAGAGUGAUUUGCGGCGAAUGACCGACGAGGCAACAUUCGUCAUGGUUGCUGGGACUGAUGCACCAUCUCAAGUACUCGCCGUGACGAUGUUCCAUAUACUUAAAAACCCGGAGGUGUAUUGGAAACUCCAAGAGGAAUUGGAAACCGUUUUUCCAGAUCCUCUGGAAGCCAUGUCGUGGAAUAAGUUGGAGCGCAUAGAAUACCUGUCAGCGAUUGUGAAAGAAGGGCUGCGCAUAUCUGCAGUUGUUACAACGAGGCUACCCCGGAUUGCACCUGAUGAGGCUUUGAUCUACGGCAAAUGGCGCAUACCUGCUGGAACUCCUGUGAGCAUGUCUACUCACUUCAUCUUGAGAGAUGAAGAGAUCUUCCCAAAUCCAUUGGAAUUUGAACCCCAGCGUUGGAUGACUGUGGGGUCAUCGCAAAGCCUAGAGCGGUACUUGGUACCGUUUUCUAAGGGUUCUCAGAGCUGCUUGGGCCAGAACAUGACUUAUUGCUGGCUCUACCUUGUCUUAGGCACAAUUAUCCGCAGGUUCGAGUUCGAACUUGUAGGAACAUCUGAUGAUAAUAUCCAGAUUGUGCGAGACUGUUUCAAUGGUCAGACUGCCCCGGGCCUCAACAACAUAAACCAACCGGCCAUCUGGUGGUCCGACCGCGACAACAAUGGUCAUUUGCUGAAGCCGCUUACCGAUAUGACAAGCUUGGUUGCGUCCAGAACUGGGUACGACAUGGCUUUUGGCGAUCGCCAGCUCGUUUUGGAUGUCUUGUCUGAUAAUAUAAAAGACAAAAGAAAUCUCCUAACCAGGAAACAAAUAAUUAAGGUGCAUAAUCACUCUUCUGGUGUGACCGUUACCUGCAGCGACCGGACCACCUAUGACGGAGACAUCCUCAUCGGAGCCGAUGGAGCAAAUAGCACGGUUCGCGAAUACAUGUGGAAGUUAUCCGAUGCCGCAAAGCCUGGGAGCUCCUACAAGGACCGAAAAUCUAUGGCUGCUGAAUAUCAAUGCCUUUUCGGUAUUACUUCAUCGUGCGAAGACCUUCAGCCCGGCGACGCGGACUACGGUUACGAUAAAGACCGCGGCUUCUUCACAUUUGUGGGGAGAGGAGGCAGGACAUACUAUUUCCUCCUGAAAAAGCUUGACCGAGCCUAUACUUUAGGGGAGAUCCCCCGAUAUGACAGAGCAGCAGCGGCCGAAUUUGCACGGGAGCAGGCGGAUAUUAAGAUCAGGCCAGAUCUGGCAUUUGAUAUGCUAUGGGAAAAGUCUGUCAGGUAUAAACUCAUUGCACUUGAGGAAGGUAUUCUGCAGUCUUGGACGUGCGGACGCAUUAUCUGCAUCGGCGACAGCGUUCACAAAGUGACGCCUAAUAUAGGGCAAGGCGGUAAUAUGUCCAUGGAAAGCGCCGCAGGUUUGGCUAAUACAAUAAAAAGACUGGCAGAGAAAUCCAGUAAAGGCGGUCGUUACCUUUCGGAGCACUCGGUCAGGGAAUGCCUGCUUGCGUUUCAGGAGUCGCGACGGAGGAGAUCGCAAGCAGUCGUCAAUACAUGCUAUAGUGUCAACCGACUUCAGCUGAUGAAGACGCUGUUCGACAGAUUUUUACUUAUUUACUGCAUGCCAAGAAUGGGGGACUUUUUGGCAGAUCUGAUAUCAGAAAUAUUUGUUGGGGCCGAAAUGCUUGACUAUCUCCCACCGCCGCCAGCGUCCUUGAAUGGAACAAUGCCGUUUAACCCUGUUCAAGGUGUUGGACAGAAGGAAAGCAAGAUCCGAAGAGCACUACUUGCAUUGCCCUUGUUUGGGCAGAUGUCCUACCCGAAGUAUCUCAUUUUCGAUUCUGGUAUCAUCCACACUAUCUUCCUCGUGGAGUCUGCUCGCCGAGCCAGCAUAUUUACUCUCUUGCAGCUGUAA